AGGACGACAACCCUUACCACCCUAAGCUGGAGAAGAAGUACGAGAGUAUUCCAAAGAACCAGCUGCCCUUGUCGGAGUCCCUCAAGCUCACCAUCGACCGCGUCCUGCCGUUCUGGAACAGCAACAUCGCCCCAGAGCUCCGAAGGGGCAAGACCGUGCUCAUCGCCGCCCACGGCAACUCCUUGAGGUCCCUCGUCAAGUUCCUCGAUGACAUCCCGGAGGACAAGAUCAUCGGCUUGAACAUCCCGACAGGCGUGCCGCUGGUGUACCGGCUCAACAAGCAGCUGAAGCCCGUGACGCUCGCGGGCCACGCACCCGACCUCAGCGGCGCGUACCUCGGCGACCCCGAUUGGGUGAUGAACAAGAUCAACGGCGUGAAGAACCAAGCGAAGCGCUGAGACCGGGCUCUCCGGCCGAGUGUGUCUGCCGAAGGGCACCUCUCUUUUCGCGAGGUUGGCGCGCACGCCUUCCAGAUGCGGCCCCUUACAGGGGCGGGGGCGAUCAGGGCGGGGAGCCGGGGGAUCACGUGGGAAGGGUAGCUGUGCCGUGCCGUCGCUUGAUCGCGAGCUGCACCACCAGUUGGAUGCGCCAGAAAUGCAGCAGAUGUAUUGUACAUUCAGUGUCGUCGCCCCAUGAGUUCGCAAUCCCUCUUCGUUUAUUGCGCAGCCGAGGAGACGCCGUUGAUUGAGCACUGUGCCGCCAGGUCAAUCGUAAUUAUCUCCAUGAUCUGGUUCGCAUUACACUCGCCAGACUUGCCUGUCGCAAGAGCGCUGAGGGCAUGUAAGGGUUCGCGCGCGAGUCAUUUUCAAAGGUCGAAAAUAUACAAUUGCA